AUGCUUUAUAAUAUAAAAUCACUUUCUGACUUCAGCUCCUUACCUGUGUGAUGUUUAUUCGUCUACAGUGAGAGCAGCUGGGUGAAGAAAGGCAGAAUGGGAAACUUCUUUAGCCGGCCUGAGGAUCCAGAAACAUCACAGCGUGCUGAAACUCAGAGGGGCGCAGGAAGACCAGCAGUCACCGCCCAGCAUGGAGCUGUUGUCAGCAUACCUCAGUUUACAGAUUUUAAUGUGGGAGGGAAUAUAACGCUUAAUGUCAACAACACAUGUGCCUCGUCUCCUGACAGGACAGACGAGACGAAAGCUGCUUCUCCCAAAAACAAAGCAAACAUUCAACGGUGCCGAGAUAACUUAAAAUCUUACCUUGAAUAUACAACAAAGGAUCUGUCACAAGGAAUAAAGGAAGAGGAAUCGACUCCUUUACACAAGAUCUAUACGGAGCUUUACAUCAGACGAGGAGGCAGUGGGGAGGUUAAUAGUGAACAUGAAGUGGUUAACUUGGAAUGCAAAAGGAGUUUGAGUGAGGAGAAGAAAAUCCAGGUCAAUGCCAUUCUUCAACCUUUAUCAAAUGAAGAAAACCCUCCUCAGAGAGUUCUGACGAAGGGAAUCGCUGGCAUUGGAAAAUCUGUCGCUGUGCAGAAGUUCACUCACGACUGGGCAACAGGAAAAGCCAACCAAACUACUGAUUUCAUAUUUCCAUUCACAUUCAGAGACUUAAACUUGAUAAAAGAUAAGGAUUGGAGUCUUCUGACGUUAAUAGGUCACUAUUUUGAAGAAGUGAAGGAUUUGGAAAAGUCAGACUACAGUGAAUCAAGUGUUUUGUUCAUCUUUGAUGGCCUGGAUGAAAGCCAAUUACCUCUGGACUUCAACAACAAUGAGAUGUGCCGCGAUGUUACAAAGACCACAACAUUAGACGUCCUGCUGACCAACUUAAUCUCAGGGAAACUGCUGCACAAAGCCUCAGUCUGGAUCACAAGUAGACCAGCUGCAGCCACUAAGAUUCCUCCGGAGAUCUUCCACAGGGUGACCGAGGUACGAGGCUUUAAUGAUGAGCAGAAGGAGGAGUACUUUCAGAAGAAAGUUAGUGACAAGGAAAUGGCUCAGAAGAUCUCCGAUCAUCUUCAGUCAAAGACGCAAAGAAGUCUGUACAUCAUGUGCCACAUCCCAGUCUUCUGUUGGAUUUCAGCCACAGCUCUCCAGAGUCUCCUAAGAGAAACAGAAGAAGCGGAGUUGCCCAAGACUGUGACUGAAAUGUACACACACUUCCUGAUCAUCCAGACAAAGCUGAAAGAAUAUCAGGAAGGUGAAACAGACAAAGAUGUGAUCAUGAAAUUGGGAAAGCUGGCAUUUGAACAGCUUAAGAAGCGAAACAUAAGCUUCUAUGAAAACGAGUUUAAAAGUUGUGGAAUUGAUCUGAAACAAGCUGCAGUUAAUUCAGGAGUUUGUACACAGAUCAUAAGAAAAGAAUCUGGUCUUCACAAACAAGAGAUUUACUCCUUCAUUCAUUUAAGUGUUCAGGAGUUUCUGGCAGCUCUGUAUGUGUUAGAGACUUUCUUAGAUAGUGGAGAAAAUCUGCUUUCCAGCCAGACAAGUGUGAAAGUGCCAUCAGAGAAAGGAGAACAUCCCAUCUUCCUCCUCCACCAGAACGCAGUGGAUAUGGCUUUGUUCAGCGAUAAUGGACAAUGGGACUUGUUCCUGCGCUUCCUGCUCGGUCUGUCACAGGAUAAAAAUCAGGAGCUUCUUCAGAAACGAGUUGGAUUCAAAGAAAGACGUCCACAGAGCAACCAGGAGACAAUCAAGUUCAUUCAUGAGAAGAUCAAGAAACUGUCCAACAGUGACAAGAGCAUCAACCUGUUUAACUGUUUAAAUGAGUUGGGUGACCAGUCUCUGGUAGAGCAAGUCCAAAAGUACCAGAGCUCAGGACAUUUUGGUAAACUCUUACCUGAACAUUGGUCAGCUCUGGCCUUUCAGCUGCUCGUUUCCAAUGAAGACCUGGAUGUCUUUGACCUGAAGAAAUACGAAAGAUCAGAUAAAGUUCUGGAGAGGCUGCUGCCAGUGUUCAAAGCAUCAAAGAAAGCUUUGUUAAGUAGCUGUAUCCUCACCUACAGAUGUUGUGAGAACAUUUCAUCAGUUCUCAGCUCAAAGUCUUCUGGUCUGGAGGAGUUAGACCUGAGUGAAAACUAUCUGCUGGACUCUGGAGUGAAGCUGCUCUCUGAUGGUCUAAAAAGUCCCAACUGCAAACUUCAGAGACUCAGGUUAAGUUACUGUGACCUCACCGACAGAUGUUGUAAAAACAUUUCAUCAGUUCUCAGCUCGAAGUCUUCUGGUCUGGAGGAGUUAGACCUGAGUGGAAACAAACUGCUGGACUCUGGAGUGGAGCUGCUCUCUGAUGGUCUAAAAAGUCCCAACUGCAAACUUCAAAGACUCUGCCUGAGCGACUGCAGGUUAACAGCAGCUGGCUGCCGGUCUUUGACCUUUGCUCUCAGCAACUCCUCUGAUCUCAGAGAACUCAACCUGAGCCACAACUAUCUGGAGUACCAGGGGGUGAAGCUGCUCUCUGAUUGGCUGAGGAAACCCCAGUGUAGACUGGAGAUACUGAGCCUGAGAUCCUGCAGGUUAACAGCAGCCAGCUGCCGGUCUUUGAGCUCUGCCCUCAGAGACUCCUCUGAUCUCAGAGAACUCGACCUGAGUGAAAACAACCUGGAGGACCAGGGGGUGAAGCUGCUCUCUGAUUGGCUGAGGAAACCCCAGUGUAGACUGGAGAUACUGAGGUUGUCAUACUGCACAGAGAGCUGCUGUGAGUCUCUGGCCUCGGCUCUGAAGUCGAACCCUUUAUACCUCAGAGAACUGAUGCUGGACUUCAGUGAUCCAGGAGAAUCAGGUCUGAAGCUGCUGUCUGAUAUACAGGAGGACAAAAGAUACAAACUGCAGACACUGAUGGUGUCUAAGUAAUUUAUUUAACCAGAUUAGAACUAAAAGACAACAAUGGAUCAUUUUCCUCCUUCUGUCCGGUCCAAAUGAUCUGAACUACAGGUGUGAAAGUGACCUUAAAUUCAUUGCGACUCUUCUCCCUU